AGCUGUCUAACCUUGUAUUUAAAUAGUUUAAAAAGUGUAAACAUUCACAUAAAUCACUCCGACUAGAGUCUCCCUUUUAAAAAAAAGAGUCAUAUUUUUCCAUGCCUUUCUCUUUUUUUAAAUAAAAUAUAAUGGCACAGCAAAUUGAACGUAAUCAAGAAGCAACAGUUUAUAUUGGUAAUCUUGACGAAAGAUGCACUGAAUCACUCAUUUGGGCCUUGAUGUUACAAGCUGGCCCAGUUGUCAAUGUUCAUUUACCCAAAGAUCGAGUAACACAGACACACCAGAAUUAUGGUUUUGUAGAGUUUUUAACAGAAGAAGACGCAGAUUAUGCAAUGAAGAUUAUGAAUCAAGUACGAUUGUAUGGUAAACCUAUACGUGUCAACAAGGCUACUUCCGAUAAAAAGAAUUUGGAUGUUGGAGCAACAUUAUUUAUUGGUAAUCUGGAUCCUGAUGUGGAUGAAAAGACAUUAUACGACACAUUUAGUGCAUUUGGCUUGAUUGUAAAUACACCCAGAAUUGCUAGAGAUCCAGACACAGGUGCCUUCAAAGGCUUUGGAUUUAUUAGUUAUGACAACUUUGAAUCUUCUGAUGCAGCUAUCGAGGCUAUGGACGGACAAUAUUUGAUGAACAAACAAAUUACAGUAUCUUAUGCAUUCAAGAAGGAUGGAAAAGGAGAAAGACACGGUUCUGCAGCAGAAAGACUGUUGGCAGCAGAGGCCAGGAAACACGUACAGAUGCCAAAUCGAUUAUAUGCAGGUGGACCACAGAUGGCACCUACUAUGGGAUAUAUGCCACCUACAGGUUAUCCUGCCAUGCCACCACCACCUCCACCUAUGGGAUACCCGCCUCAAGCUUAUGGUGCUUGGCAGUAAUUGUGUUUAAAUAAAAAAUAAAAAUUAUGUAUUAUUAUUAAUACCAUUACAGUGUUUUAAUCCAGACGUUAGUUAAAAAAAAAGCAGUGUAGGAAAACAGUAUCAUUAUUUUCUUUAAACGCACUUGCUGAAACAUAAGAGACAGCAAUUGUCCCUUUUUAAAAAAAUAAAAGGCUGAUCUUGACUGUCUCAAAUAGAAUACAAUAUAAACAUUUACCAUCCCUCUGUGAUUAUUGGAUAAGAUGAGUUUUGUUGACUCAAGAGCUUCCUGUAUGACUUUUUAUUUAUUUACAAAGGUCUAAUUUUAAAUUAAAGCAAGAAUAGAUCAAUUUUUUUUAAAAAUCAGCAGAG